AUGUUACUUGUCAGAAGAGGAAUUACACGAAGAGGAAGGCUACCAUAUUUAAGACCCUUAACUCAAAUAAGAACCAAUAGUAUUGGGCUUUCAGUAUGUGAAGAUGAAAUUGGUCAACAAGAAAGAUUCUUAAAUGAAUAUAAAAUAAGAUCUUUAUUAGAACAGCCAAUCCUAUAUUAUGCUCAAAAGGAAUUACCUAAAUUCUCAAUGGAUCAAUUAUAUAAACAAUCAGCAAAACUUUCAUCUACGACGAUUUUACAGAAUGCUUCUAUGACUGUUGAACAUUUAUUAGCUUAUAAUGCAAGAAGAUUAACUGAAUUUAGAAAAUUACCAUAUUUGGUUGUACUUAAUCCUUCAAUAUCAGAAUCUUAUAAUACUUAUUUACAUACUAUGGCAUCCUUGUUGAAAGCUUCAUUAUAUCCUCCUCAUACUCUAGCUGAGAAUGAAAGGUUUGCAAAAGAAGUAUUAGCAGAAUUUAUUGAUGUUCAUGCUGAUACUUUACCAAGUCUAUCGAAGGGGUUCCAAGAAGUUAGUAAUAAUUUAUUAAGUUUUAAACAAAUUAAAGCGUUUUUGGAUGAGCAUUUACGAGAAAGAAUAAGUAUGAGAUUAAUUGCUCAUCAACAUUUAGAACUAACAAAAUCAAUUGGUAAUCCUGAUAAAUAUGUUAAAGGUGGAAAAUAUAAUGGUGUUAUCAAAAUGUUACAUAUCCCAGAUGUUAUAAAAAAGAAUGCUGCUGUGGUUAAUGAUAUUACAAUGUUGAAAUAUGAUCAAUCCGUCCCAAUCUCAAUAGAUACUAAUUUAUAUCCAUUGAAUUAUUGGAGUAGAUCAGAACCUCCUUUGGAAGCAAGAACGGAAGAAGAAUUAUUAAAUUUCCCAUAUAUUGAAUAUCAUCUUGAUUAUAUCCUUAUGGAAUUAUUUAAAAAUUCAUUUAGAGCCCAUAUCGAAAACAAUGUUCAUGAUCCAGUACAAGUUACAAUCUCAACAUCUUCUUCUCCAUAUUAUUUAGAAUUAAGAAUUAGAGAUAAAGGAAAAGGGGUCCCACCCAAAGUAUUAAAACAUAUAUUUGAUUAUUCUUUCACUACAUUUGAUUCAGGAGAAGGUGAUAGUUAUAAAACUUUGAAUGUCCCACCUGGUUUAGGUGCUAAUACUGUUGCUGGAAUGGGGUAUGGAUUACCCCUUCUGAGAGCUUAUGUUGAAAUAUUUAAUGAUACGAUUCCAGAUGAAGAUGGAAUUACUCCAGGCACAAAAGGACUGUUGACAGUUCAAUCUUAUUAUGGUUGGGGGACUGACGUUUACUUGAAGACAGUGGGAUAUUAG